AGCCUCCGAAAGCUCUGAGGUCCACAGUCCAGUCCAAUCCAGUCCAGUCCAUACUUCUUUAUCCACCCUCUUCCUUCCAUCCGCCAUUCAAUGCCCAUCGAUUUCCAUGCGGCCAACUCUGAUUUCAGCUCUCUCUCUCUCUCUUCUCUCACCGAACCCCAUUCAUCGCUCGCGCGCGCUCUCCUUCGAUCGAAUACAUGCGCAUUAGCUCUACCAAACUCUAAACAUUCUAACUGCAUUGUCCAAUUGCAGCUCUGAAGAAAGAAGAAAAAGAAAGCAUUGGUUCUGCAUGCGGAUUUGUGCUUUCCUAGCUUGACGAAAGGGCAUGGAUCAAAGCCGCGGGAUUGUCUCCUAAAUCAUGUACAGAAGUUAGUGUGGUUUUUAAAAUCCGAAAAAAAAAGAAAAAAAGCAUACUAGUCUUAGUCAAUAGAACUCAUAAGAGAUGCUGACGAUGAGGCGAAGGCUUGCAUGCUGCACCCGUGACAGAGAGAUUAGCCUCGACUUUGAUGAGCAAGAGAGAAUAAUGACAUAUGAUGGCCUUGAGAGUUGCAUUCUAAAUAUUCAUUCUUAUGAAAAUGAAAGCCGAGCAAGCAGAGGGGAUGGUUGUGCGACUGACUCCUUGGAUGAUGAUGAAUCGAUUUGUUCUUCCAGCAAAGAUGCUUUUGGAUCAUUUUCUUCGAAGUGGUUGACAACAAAGAGGGAUGAACGGUGUUUGGAUGAAUGGGAUCUCUCAGAAAGCCCCCAACAUUUUUUUAUCAAAGAGAAACCUGCUUGUGCCAUUCAAUUUUCAGAUGUGGAGGCAAUGAAAGAAAAAUUUUCAAAGCUUUUGUUGGGUGAAGAUAUUACGGGAGGAUGCAAAGGCCUUAGCACUGCUUUAGCUUUAUCUAAUGGCAUUUCAAAUCUAGCAGCAACAGUUUUUGGAGAGUUGUGGAAAUUGGAACCACUGCCUGAAGAAAGGAAGAGCAAAUGGCGAAGAGAAAUGGACUGGUUACUCUCCCCCACGAACUACAUGGUUGAGUUGGUUCCUGCUAAGCAAAAUGGAGCCAAUGGCCGGACCCUGGAGAUAAUGACACCAAAAGCGCGUGCAGACAUCCACAUGAACCUUCCAGCACUUCAGAAAUUGGACUCUAUGCUCAUUGAAACACUGGAUUCAAUGGUAAAUACUGAGUUUUGGUAUGCAGAAGGAGGUAGCCAGGCAGAAGGAAGGAGCAAUAGUGCUCGUCAAAGCAAGAGAUGGUGGCUUCCAUCGCCUCAAGUACCAACAAAAGGGCUCUCUGACACUGAAAGAAAGAAACUGCUUCAUCAGGGUAGAGUGGUACGUCAAGUAUUCAAGGCUGCCAAAUCCAUCAACGAAAAUGUUUUACAUGAAAUGCCUGUGCCGGCUAUUAUUAGUGAUGCUCUUCCCAAGUCUGGGAAGGCAAGCCUUGGUGAGGAACUGUACAAGGUCUUAUCUGGAGAAUCAGGCUCACCUGAAGAGAUACUCAAUUCACUCAAUUUGAAAUCUGAACACGUAGCUCUUGAGGCUGUUAACAGGUUGGAAGCUGCAGCAUUUGCAUGGAGAGUGAAAGUUGCAGAACAAAUCAGUGGUAAGUCUCCAGUUCGAACAUCAUGGUCCUUCAAAAAAGACCCAUUGUCUGAGAUGGAUAAGAUGGAGUUAUUGUUGGACCGAGCAGAAGCCCUUCUACAUCAUCUCAAGACCAGCUAUCCAAACCUCCCUCAUUCGUUUCUUGAUGCUACAAAAAUUCAAUAUGGCAAGGAUGUUGGGCAUUCAAUUCUGGAAGCAUAUUCCCGGGUUCUUGGAAACUUGGCUGAUAGCAUACUGUCUAGGAUUAAAGAGAUACUGCAAGAAGAUUGCUUGAGCAAUCCGAAUUCACCAGUGGCAACUCGUGGCUUUCCUGAUAUAAAUCUCUGUGAAACCUCAGCAGUUGGUUUACAUGCGAGGCAGUCGCUGAUUGAUCAGAUGAACAAGGUUUAUGGGCAGCACCGUUGUGACUCUAAUUCAAGUAGCACUUCCGAUUCGGGAUUUUCAUCCAGUGAUGCCAAAGCAAGCAGUGUAAGUGCUGCUGCAACACCAGGUCGGAGUAGUAGAGUAUGGUGCAUGAGCAGAGAGGCUUGUACGAGUUCGUCUCCUAAAAACACUCCUUGAUUUAAGAAGAAAAAGAAAGCUCUUAUCUGUAAAUGGUUUUGCUAUAAGCUCAAUGGCAUAGAACUUAAUGUCGGAAGGGAUUUUAGUGUUGGUCAAUUGGGUUUUGUUUAUUUUAAACUUGUAAUGUAAUUGGAUUGGGACUUUACAAGUUAUUGCUAUGGAUUUAGUAGUUAAAGCCUACAA